AUCAUUGUCAUUCUAAACCAAAUUGCCUGCUCUUCGCUCCAGGAUUAAUGAGUCUCGAGGACGACGAGAAACCGGCACCAUUCGGUCCAUGGGGAGGCCAAGGAGGGUCUCAUUGGGACGACGGAAUCCACUCGACGGUAAGGCAAUUAUUGAUCGCUCAUGGAACCGGGAUCGACUUGAUCCAAAUAGAAUAUGAUAACAAAGGGACCUCUAUCUGGUCAAGGAAGCAUGGUGGUGAUGGAGGCUCCAAGACAGAUAAGGUCAAACUUGAUUACCCAGAUGAGUUUCUUACUUCCAUCCACGGAUACUGCGGCACCCUAAACGAAAGGGGACCCCUUAUGGUUCGAUCGAUUACUCUGCAAAGCAACAGGAAAGCGUAUGGACCCUAUGGUAUGGAGCAAGGGAGUAGGUUCUCGAUGAGCAGGGGAAAGAUUGUGGGAUUUCAUGGGAGGGGUGGUGUGUAUUUGGACGCGAUUGGAGUUUAUUCGAAGCCUGUUAUUAAGCUGAAUCCCUGCAGGAGUAUCACCCAUGCCCAGAGCUUCGUUUCUAAUGGAGGAGACAAAGAUGGGUUUUCGGUGAAGCAAGGAAGUGGUGUACAAGGCUAUGAUAUAUUUCUUGCUGUUAGACAAAGGGGUUCUUUUGGGAAUUCCUUGCCAAAGGCUCCCCCUACCCUAACUUCUAGUAGCUCCGAUGAUUCCAGCGAUGCAGAAACCAAAACUAAGGUUUCAUUUAGGACUCUAGAGAAGGUACCCUCAAAAGCACAGGAAGGAGAGAUAACUUAUGGACCCUGGGGUGGCAAUGGUGGAACCAAGUUCGAUGAUGGAACCUAUACCGGUGUUAGGCAAAUCAUAUUGUCACGCAAUGUCGGAAUUGUUUCGAUGAAGGUUUGUUACGAUCGCGACGGACAAGCAGUAUGGGGAAGCAAACAUGGAGGCACCGGAGGAUUCAAAACCGACAGGAUAAUCUUUGAUUAUCCAUCAGAAAUUUUGACACACAUCACGGGGACCUUUGGGCCAUUAAUGUACGUGGGGCGUAAUGUAAUCAAGUCACUAACGUUCUACACCAACAAAGGAAAGCAUGGGCCAUAUGGAGAUGAACAAGGACCCUCUUUCUCCAACAAGAUGAAUGAAGGCAAGAUUGUUGGAUUCCAUGGCAGUGAAGGUUUGUUCCUGGAUGCCGUUGGUGUGCACGUAAUGGAAGCCAAAAUACCACCUCCAAAGCCACCUUUGUCCCAAGCAAUCAUCCACAGUGAAAAGAGUAUAGCCGAGAUUGAUAAUUCUCCAUGGUCUAACAAGCUAGUACUAGCAAAGCGAGGACCUGAAGAAGAGGUUGCUUGUAGUGUGGUAAAAGAAUCAGCACCACGGGGACCAGGUCCUUGGGGAGGAGAUGGAGGAAGACCAUGGGAUGAUGGAGUAUAUUCUGGGAUUAGGCAAAUAUAUAUAACCAAAUCUGAAGCUAUUUGCUCAAUCCAGAUAGAGUACGAUCGAAAUGGACAAUCUGUGUGGUCUACAAAACAUGGAGGUCAUGAAGGAACCACCACAAAUCGGGUAAAAUUAGACUACCCAAACGAGGUAGUGAAUUGCGUGUCAGGAUAUUAUGGGUGCAUAGACAAUGAGGAGAAGCGGAAAGUGGUAACGUCGUUAACGUUAUACACGAGUAGAGGGAAGUAUGGUCCAUUUGGUGAGGAGAAAGGUACGUUUUUCACUUCAACCGUGACAGAGGGAAAGGUGGUGGGGUUCCAUGGGAGGAGCAGCACUUACUUGGAUGCCAUUGGAGUUCAUAUGCAACACUGGCUUGGAAAUCAAAGAACCACAAGGUUGUCUCUCUUCAAAUAUUUCACUUAAAUUAUACUAUAAACUUUAAAUCAUUAAGUAGGGUAUGAGCCUGUUGGGUUUCGCGUCUAACUAGAGCGCUCCCCAAAUCCUAAUUAUUACUUAAGAAUACUCUUAUUCGGGUGAUAAUCAUGUAGCUAUUUGUGGCAAGUGUAACCCAGUUCAUGGGGUUCGAAUCAUGCUGGCUAACUUGCAAUGAAACUGCUAAACAAGGUCUGCAGCGA